AUGGCUGAAGGCAUAAAUCCUAUCCACCACAUGCUGUGUGACCCAAAGGAACCAGUCGCCGGCUACGAGGCGUUACCGCCCGUAUUAAAGGAAUUCAUCAGAAAACAAAAAGCCGAGAGCUGUUUUCUUGUCAACAACAGAAUUUGCGACAUUAUUCCAGCUCCCAGGGCUAAUGAUAUUGCUCUAGUAAAUCAACAGCGUCGUAAUGAGGAUCCCAAUACCUUUGCUAUCAGGCCUUAUGGUGAAACCUAA